AUGAGUGAAGAGAAUAAUAUUAGAAAGGGACCGUCGUUUGUUUUCUACGAUAUUAAUAAAAAGAGGAUGAGAGAAAUUAUACUUAUGUGUAAUAAAAAGAAACAAAAGAAGAUGCUCUUGAAAAGUUUAAAUAUUAAAUUUACAUAUGAAGAAAAAAAUAGAAAGAGAGUAAAAAUACAUGUUGAUAAUUUUUUACCCCUCUCAAUAAAUAGUGAUAUGGAAAUAAUAAAAAACUAUAAAGAGAUUUUAUAUGAUGAUAAUUAUUGUAACAUGUAUGAUAUUAAUAAAUUAAAAAUAGAAAAGAUGAAAAAGAUUAUUAAAGAUUUUUUCUAUGAUAUAUUUUUAUUUUGUGUAAGUAAAAAUUUAACAAUAAAAGAGAUUUCUACCUUUUUGUCUAUAAAGAAAUAUAUUUUUUAUAAAUUUAUAUAUAAAUGUCAGAAUAUAAUAAAUCUUUUUUUAGAAUAUAAACAAAUCAUGUUAUCACAUUGUAUAAACAGGGUACCUUAUUUUAUAAAGGUUUUUUCUUUUUCUUCUCUUCAUAUAUUAUUAAAAUAUUCAGUUCGUACCUUCUUUAAAAAUUAUUCUUUUUAUAAAUAUAUUUUUACCCCAAACUAUAAAAUAUGUUUCCUAUGUAUUCAUAAGAAUUCUUAUUAUUCGGAAAUAGAAAACGGAGAUACACCACAAAUAUGUUCUGAUGAUGUAUCGGCAUGUCAAGAAAUCAAAAUUUUAGGGUCUGAAGAAUAUCUAAAGGGUUUGGUUACAUCCUUUAGCCAUAUAAAAAAUAAUAUAUUACAAAAAUAUGAUGAGAUGAGAAGGGAAAAAAAAAAGGAUAAGGACAAAUUCAUAAGAAGAGUCCAAAAUAUGUAUGAUGAUGUAGAGAAUAAAAUUAUGUCUAGUUUAAAAAAAAUCUUGGAUAUUACAAAUUACGAUGACAAGCAAGAAAAAUGUUAA